AUGGCCAAGUUGUCUAUCUUGCAGUUUAUUCGCGAUCAGUACAAAACCGUCCCCCCGGUGGUCAAAGUCGACCUCUCGGGCAAGACAGUGUUGGUUGUUGGGGCCAAUACUGGUCUAGGGUUGGAGGCUGCGAAACAUUUCGCGUCAAUGAAUCCGGAGAAGUUGCUCCUUGCGUGCAGGAACGCGGAAAAAGGACAGCGAGCCAUUGAAGCUAUCGAAGCCGCUACUGGCUUCACAAGGUCUGAACUGCGAAUCGUCGAUCUCAGCAAGUUUUCUUCCGUUGUAGAAUUUGCCAACAAGUGUGAUAACGACAGAGAGCGCCUGGAUGUAUAUGUUUACAAUGCCGGUGUGUAUUUUGCCGACUACGAGGCUACCGAAGAUGGCUGGGAGACGACAUUGCAAGUGAACCACUUGUCGUGCAUGCUCCUCUCAAUUCUCCUUGUGCCCUGCCUGUUCAGGGCGGUUGGGGCGCCAUUGUCACCAUCCCCCUAUCCGAGGAUGGUCAUCGUUGCCAGCGAUGCCCAUUUCUGGGCGACUCUAUCGGAGGAAGAAUUAGGUAGCAACAACAUGAUCCUUAAGCUGAAUGAUAGAGAAUAUUGUAAUUCUUCUGUCAUGGGAGACCGCUACGUUGUUUCCAAAAUGCUCAACGUCGUCUUUGCACGAGAGCUCGCCGCUCGUCUCCCCUCUGACUCACCCAUCAUCGUAAACUCAGUCGAUCCCGGGUACUGCAUAUCGGAAUUGCGUCGUAGCUUCUCUGCUCCGCGUAUGGCCUUCGACAAGUUGAUGGAACUGGCUCUCGCUAGAACGACAGAGCAAGGUAGUCGACAGCUCGUGUGGGCCGCAGUGGGCGGGCAAGGAAGAGAGCCCGAGCUACGAGGAGCAUAUGUGUCUUCCGCGGACAUCAAAGACCCCAGCGAUGUUGUGCUGGACAAGACCGGGGCGGUCACUCAAAAACGCAUUUUUGAUGAAUCGAUUGCUGUUUUGUCGAAAGUAUCUCCCAGAUUCCAGGCCAUCCUUGAAGAACAUCGAUUGAAGUGAUAUGUAGUUGGCAGUUCCAGAUAGCCUUCAGUUGAUUACAAUAUAUAUUCCUGACUUCAAAUC